GAAGCCAGGAGGGCACAUGAAGCGCUCACACUUCCAGCGUUUUCACGACGUGCUCUGCGCUUCGGGAUCGUCCCAGAGAGGACAGUGGCACAAGAGCUGCAACAAUGCGCACAGAUCGGAUGGAUUCAUUUGGAUAUUACGCACGAGCUUUUUGAUAUAUUUUUGAGGUAACAAACGUGUCAGCACUUCGUAAGAUGGCUGAAGAAUUUCCAAACAAUUCCCUGCCAGAUCUAAAAGAGUUGGAGAAUAAAGUUGGGAGGAAAGCCCCGGAGAGCCUUCUGAUGUGGAUGAAGGAAGAUGCUGCAGACUGUAAACAAACGUGGAGUGGUGACGUCGAUAACAACAACCACUUCUUCAGUGAUGACAUGGCAACGAAAAUUGGCAACUUAAAACAAGACAUGAGAUGGCUCCGGUCCACAGAUGUGCAUAUACUGCGUCAGCUCCUGGCAGUGCAUGAGGGGAUAGAGGCCCUGCGGUGGCUGGCAGAGGAGCGGGGGGCUUCGGUCAGUCAGAGCAGCAGCCUCACAGGAAGUCUGAGUAGCCUCAUCACUGUGGACGAGCCAGGACUGUCCCGUGCCCGAUACAGGGACAGUCUAACCAGCCCACAAGAUUUGGCAGAAGAUACAGAAGAGGAAUUGAAUCAUGAGCCACUACACACGACUGGCUUCUCCGGAAACAGGAACUACCUGAGUCAAGACUACAUCCCAGAAAGACAUUCUUCUGUUUUCUCAGCUCAUAAGUUUGAAGUCAACUCCUUCUCUAAUUUUGGACAAGAUUCUCAGCUGCACUCAGACAGAGGUGAUCAUAACCCUGUAAGAAGUGCUUUGCUCAGAUCCAGCAGGAUUUCAAGACGAGAAGAAAAAAACAGCUACAAUUUGUCCAAAGAUGAAAAUGUGGACCCACAGGCAGAAAUAGAAUUUCAAGACUUUGAGAAUAAAAGAACAAAUAAAGGCAUGACUGGACAGGAUGAGAGCAAAAUGCUGCUGGGCUAUGAUGCUCAGUGGUGCUGGGUAGAAUCACAAGAUGAUGUGACAUUUUUAUAGAUCUUGAUAAAGAAAAUGUGGUAAUUAAUUUAUGAAAUACACCCUAGUGGUGACCAAAUACUUUGAAUGAGUCUGUGUGCUUAAGUGGUAUUUUUCGGUUUUGAUAUAUGCAUUAGAUUAAAAUAUUGUAUUUAUUUACUGCAUUCAAAUGUAUGAACAGUUGAAUCAUAUUGAAUAAAACAACUGUAAUG